CCAAGACCACCAACAAUGAAGACUCAACAGGUUCUCUCUCAUCUAGAUUUGAACUAAUAGAUACAAAUACAAGCCAAGCCUAUAAACUCAAUGAGAUUACAAAAACAAGUUUACAAACAAGUGACAAUAAAAGCUGGGCUGAUAUAACAGAACAAGAAAACCCUUAG